CCACUAUUUCCGGGUACGGCGGAAGCUUUAAGUGUUUGAAAAUCCGUCCGAAGAUGGAGACUUUAACUGCGGGACAUAUGAUGAGCUUAGCUGCUCUACAGAGACAAGACCCUUAUAUAAAUAAGCUGCUGGAUGUUACCGGUCAGGUAGCUCUCUACAACUUCAACUCCAAAGUGAACGAAUGGGAGAAGACUGAAAUCGAAGGAACACUAUUUGUCUAUUCGAGGUCUGCCUCACCUCACCAUGGCUUCAUCAUCAUGAAUCGACUGAGUACAGAGAACCUGGUGGAGCCCAUAAACAAAGAUCUGGAGUUCCAGCUGCAGGAUCCCUUCCUGCUCUACAGGAAUGGCAACUUGGGUAUCUAUAGCAUUUGGUUCUACGACAAACGGGACUGUCACCGCAUUGCCCAGCUGAUGGUCAAGAUUGUGAAACAAGAAGCGGACCACGCCCUGAGAAAGACCCCAGAGAGGGUCGAUCCAGGGAGAACCAAUGGAGUCGCAGAAUCCCGACCCAUCGACAUCCUGGAGCUGCUCAGCAAAGCCAAGGAGGAAUACCAGAGGGCUCAGAGUGGAGAAACAGACACGUCUGCAGAGUUAAAUGUGAAAACAAGCAUCAACAGGGCUCCAGAACCUUCUCAAAGUACUCAUCCAGCUGAAAAGAGCUCUCACACCAUGGUAAAGCAGAUCACUGUCGAGGAGCUCUUUGGUUCUCCGCUCCCUAAAGAACAUUCUGCGCAGAACGCUGCCUCAUCCUCCUCCUCCGGCAACCUCCCUAAUGUCUACGUGCAGAAUCAGCCGUAUCCCGCUGCAGCUCAUCAGGCUCCUCUCCUCACCCAGCAGUUCUCAACCCACAACCCCGGCUCUCGCCAGCAGCCACACGGACCUGCUCACAUCCCCGCUCCCUACACACUCAAUCCCAGUCCUGUCUUCAAACACAUGGUCCCCAUGCCAGACCCCCAGCCUCACUGCUCCGUCUCCCCUCUGCUGAUGGCUCCAGCUGGAUCGGAGCAUCACAAUAACCUCACCGCGCCCGCAGCACCGUCAGCUGCCUUUCUGGGACAGGACAUUGUUGGCUCUCUCAAGCCAGCAGCUUCGUCAGUGAAUUCCGGCAUCCACAAACCCAUCCUGGCUCCCAGCUUCCUGCCGAGCACGCUGGUCCCACCUCUCAGCUUCCAGGAGCCCAAGAAGGAUGUUUUCUCUCAGCCUCCCAAACUGAUUGCGCCAAUGUCUGCUAUUCCUAUGAGCCCUGGUCUUGCUGUUCCAGGCUCAGAUGCUUCAGUGCUGCUCUCCCCAAGCGCUUUCCAGCAGACUACAAAUAAAACCACAACAGUACCGGUCAUCCCGUCUGCCCCUCCGGAUCCAUCCUCCGCUUCUAGAAGAGCUGCACAGACUCUGCAGGCCCCCUGCAGUAAAACACAGCUGCAGGAGACUUUGAUACACCUCAUCAAGAAUGACUCGGACUUCCUCAGUGCCAUUCAUGACGCUUACCUGCAGAGCGUAUCCAAGGACUUCAGCAGCAUGAAGCUGUAGUCCGGCUUCAAGCGGACAGGAUUUCAGUGUUAAGGCCUCUUUCUGGCCACAGAAGACGGAGGACGCAUGAUUUUGGGAGAAAACACAGGAUGAGCAGGCAGGUUUGUGACGCACGGCACUCCACAUUGUCUUUUUUUGGCACUGGUUCGUGUGCCAAGGAUUGUUACAGGAAAGCCGGAAUCUCCUGUUACCCUGGAUCAGUCGGCGGGUAACCAAGGCAACACGAAGGGGAGAAUAUUUCUUCUCUACGUCCUUCAGCCAUACUUUCUAAAUAUGGUGAAUCUGGUUAAACUUAAUGGCAACUUCUUCAAGAAAUCCAAUUACAGGAAAGGGAAGAAUACAGUGGACAUUUAUUUACCAAAAAAGUUACUUUUUUAAAUAUUUUUUUUAGAAUAAAUACCUUCCUUUUCUACCACAUUGAAGCAAAAAAAACAUCAAUUAUGAAUUAUUCUUUGAGCUUUUUUUUUUUUCUUUCUUAAAUUCAGGUUCAGUGGUAGAAUGUGUUUAGAACUCCUAAUCACACAAAGCCCCAUCUUUGCAUCCUUUCUUUCCUCCAGUUGUUCUUUUUGUUUUCAUCCUUGUUUGCUGUUGCCUCUCCUCCACCAGCUGAGCUCUCAGUGCUUGACCUUUGACCUUCUCGGUGGUGGGGGGGAAGACUUGUGCAGUACACAAGAGAUUCAGACCAGCAUUGUGGGAUGCUUAAGGAAGGUACUACAGAACUAGGUUUAUGUGAAUUUAAAUAUCUUGUGCAAAAAAGGGAGAAACAAAAGUCAUGUUGGUGUUUGGAUUCCUGUUUACAUUUAUUCUCCUAUAAUCAAAACGCAUAGGGAGAAGUUGGAGCUGAAUUUUCUUUAACAACUUCAUUCUCAUUUUUACCUGGGAGGUGAGUCGUUAAAGUUUGGAUUGGACGACAUAAACUACUCUAAUUUUUUGUUUACAGUUUGAUUUCAAGUAGAGAUUUAAGUUCUUUUUGCCGUAAGAGACUCUUGCAGUAAAUCUAGUGGUGAAUCCUGACUGGAAUAGUACAUCCAGUGUGUCUAAGGCACACACAAAAAAAGUUUAUUUUGCAGAUGCUUUAUUCCACAAAAACUUUCUCUGCAUCAGUAGUCACAACAUAACAGACAUCCUGGAUCUUUUCCCCUCUGAAACUCUGGAUAUUAGUUUGAUUUAUUUACCGAAACAAACAGUGAAACAAUGUAUUUUUGUAAGCAGUAUGAAAGUCUGUCUUUUUUAUAAUAUUUUUUUAUUUUGUUUUUCUUCAUAUUUUGAAAAAUCAGAAACAUCCUUGAAUAAAUUGAGAUUCUAUUUCCUGCUGCAUACAGCACUCCUAAUAAAGAUGUGCAUAAAAAUCUCUAAAAUAAAAUAAUCCUUUACUGUGUUGGCUUAACCUCACUGAAAAAUUAAGAAACCUUUAAAUUUUUUUAUUUAUUUUUAUUUUUUAACAAAAUUACAAGUGCCACACUUAUUGACACCCCUAAUAAUUACAAUUCUGAACAACUGAAGCUUUUUUUUGUAAACGUAUGAUUUUGCUUUUUUUAAUUGAUCAGAGUAGGAAAUAUUCAUAGUAAUGAAUACCUUCCUAUUUCAAGACCCAAAUUUUCUUAGUCACUGUUCAAAAUGGGAACUAAGAGAAAAUGGCCUUUAAACACAGAAAGAGUUGCAACCGACUACAAGACAUUCUGUUCUCCUAAACCCACCUGUGUCUAACACACUGAAAAAUCAGAAGCUGGAUGAGGAAACUGCAGGUAAAAGAAAUUAAAAGUUCACAUUUGGAUAACUGCAGAAAAAUUGGCGUUAUAAAUUACUAAUUUAAAGAGG